AUGGCCGACACGUGGCGGCUGACGGCCUCGCAGGCACGCACCAUUGGCAAGCCCCAGUUCGCAGGCAAGAUCAGGAUCUGCCUGGCGCACUUCCGACCUGAGGUUGCCCUGUUCGAGCAGGUCGCCCUCGCCCUGCCGUGGCUCGGCGGCACCGACGCCUGGUUCUUUGACUGCAUCCCCUGGGAGGAGCUGAUGCGGGACAUCAACUCGCCCAACGGGACGUGCCUCAUAGCGCCGACUCGCGUCCUGUCGUCUGAGGCGCGGAGGCUAUCGUGGGUGGUGGACAAGGAAGGCCUCAAGAUCCUGGUCAAAGCAAAACGGGAGGUGCCCUGGGCGCCCUUCAGCCCCUUUGAGGCGUUCUCGAUCCACCUGUGGGUCACCCUGGCAGCCACCGCCGUCUUCGUCGGCGCCUGCAUCUGGUUCUUCGACGUUGCAGUGAAGUCGAUCAAGAGGACAUACGACCCCCACAAAAAGCAUGAUGGGGACGACUUGAGCGCGUUAAGGGGUGCCCCCGCCUCGGUCGUCGGGCACGGCGGCGCGGUCUCGGGGGCCGCGCCCGGCGCGAAUGGCACCCCCGACGCGCUGGCCGCCGUCGCCGCGCCGGCGGCGGAAAAGGACUGCGAGCGCGGCGAGGGGGGCGGCAAUGCAGCGAUCGGCAAGGCGGGCGAGGGGGGCGGCAAUAAGAGCGGGGAUGAGAAAGAUGAGGAGCCUAAGACGCCGAGCGGCAACUGGUUUUUGAAGCCGCUGGGUGUGCGCAAAGGGGAGGAGAGCAAGGUGGUCACUGAUUUGGACAUGCAGAUGCGCCGCUCACUGCUGCGGAUCGCGCGCAUCAACGACCCGCCUCACAUGCUGUCGCUGCCGUCCCAAAUAAUACUCUUUGCGUACGGCCUCCUCAUAACAAUCAUCGUCUCCAUGUACACAGGUCUGCGCGCCGAUGCGCCCGUCCGCUAG